GCGGCCAUGGGCGAUGGCGGCGGCGCGGCGGCUCCGUGAGCUCCUCCCGCCGCGGCCCCGUCCCAGGCAUGGUCGCCGCGCUGUAGGACGGCCGGGAGCCGAGGCGAUGGAGGAGAGCACUUGAGCUUGUCUGCGGGGGCGUUCCGUGUGUGUGAGACGUGUACGAGCCAUGGUGUCAUGGAAGGGGAUGUACUUUGUACUUGCACUAUUCUUGGGAAGUUUCUUUGGAAGUAUAUUCAUGCUGGGCCCUUUUCUGCCUCUGAUGUUUAUCUCGCCAGCCUGGUACCGCUGGAUCACCGACUGCAUUGUGGCCACUUGGCUCACUCUCCCUGUGGCCUUGCUGGAAAUGGUGUUUGGUGCCAAGGUGGUUGUCACUGGAGAUGGAUUUGUUCCUGGAGAAAGGAGUGUCAUUAUCAUGAACCAUCGCACACGAAUGGACUGGAUGUUCCUGUGGAACUGCCUGCUGCGAUACAGCUACCUCAGACUUGAAAAAAUCUGUCUCAAAUCCAGUCUCAAAAGCAUUCCGGGAUUUGGCUGGGCGAUGCAGGUUGCAGCCUUUAUUUUCAUUCAGAGGAAGUGGGAAGAAGACAAGAGUCACUUUGAAAAAAUGCUGGAUUAUUUCUGUGACAUUCGUGAACCACUACAACUCCUCAUCUUUCCAGAAGGAACUGAUCUCACAGCCAAUACCAAAGCCCGCAGCAAUGAAUUCGCUGAGAAGAACGGACUUAAAAAAUACGAGUACGUCUUACACCCACGAACGACUGGAUUCACCUUUGUGGUUGAGCGACUAAGGGAAGGUGACAAUCUCGAUGCCAUCCAUGACAUAACUGUGGCAUACCCCCAAAACAUUCCUCAGACAGAGAAGCACCUUUUGAAUGGAAACUUCCCAAAGGAGAUUCACUUCCACGUCCAGAGAUACCCCAUAGAGACAGUGCCCACUUCUAAGGAGGAGCUGCAGCUUUGGUGCCGGCAGCGCUGGGAGGAGAAAGAGGAGAGACUGCGACACUUCUACGAAGGUGGAAAAAGCUUCAGUGCAACGGGGCAGAGCAUCGUCCCACCCUGUAAAUCCGAGCUCAGGGUCCUGGCGGUGAAAUGCGCCUCGCUCCUCUACUGGACGGUGUUCCCGCUGGCAAUGCUCGCGCUGCUGUACCUCUACAGCUUUGCACAGUGGUAUUUUGUAGCCAUGAUUGUCUUUUUCGUUGUGCAACAGAAGAUAUUCGGUGGGCUGGARCUCAUUGAACUCGCUUGUCAUCGGUAUUUCAAAAAGCAACAGAAAUUUCAAGACACGAAAGUAAAAAUCAAUUAGUUCUGGGGUAGAGGAAGGGUGAUUUUGAAAUGCCCUGCAAAUUUUAUGCACAGGGAACAAUUUUUGCAUGAGAAUUGUCUUUUACUAUGGCUAUUGUUAGAUAUUUGCACAUGAUUCUGUGAAGAGAAAGAAAAAUGUUAGUUAUCGCUACAYGUGAAAAUGGUAGUUUUUAAUCUCUGAAUGUAAUUUCAGCAUUGCUCUCACAAGCAGCUARCAGCUGCAUUCUGCUGUCAUUAAGAAACAAAUUGCUGGAUUAUUGAACAAUCAUAAGGACAUUAAUAAAUGUGACAUGCACUGGAGUUUCAUGUAGAAACCCAAACAGUUCAGCUAAGAGAGACAGAUGUAUGAAUUUCUUUGUAGUCACAUUGKCGUGAAGUAAGCACCAGAUUUGGAAAACUGGUAAGUUUUGAUGGUAGGUGAAAGUUGAAGGAGAAGUUGUUCUGUUUCUUUUUUCUAUUUCAAAUACUCAAACUUAUUUUUUGAAGUAAUAUUUUUGCAUAAGCUUUUCCAGACACUACUGAACCUACCACUAUUCAGCUAUUCUGGCUUGGUCACUCAGGAGGAUUUUUAAGCCUUGCAGUCUUGUGUCAUAGUGCAAAAAACAGUGCUGGCUCUGCCUCCAUUUAAGUCUUUCCUGAUUAUUUUAUAGACCUGUGCAGCUAAGUUUUUAYCUCUCAUUGUUUCAUACUGUUUUAGUCUCCCUGUUAGCUGUGGGAGACUUGUUCCUACUGUGAUAUGCAGAGCUGCAGGAUAGGGGAGCUGUUUUUUAUUGGUUUUUUGGUGUUUUUUUUCUCAUGGGCAAAAAUAGCUGUUUGUCUCUGAGCAGCUGGAAAAUGUUUUUCAGAAAGAUUUCCUUGUAUCCUUGUAGACAUUCUUCGACUGAAAACAYUUUAUUUUGUUUUCAGAGUAGGCAAGGUAUCUUUUUUUCUUCUUUAGUAUUAAUUUUGAUUUUCACAUUGCYUCCUUUGGCAUUUCACGUGUCCAUGUAGAUAAGCAGGAAGACAGCUCGUUCCAUGCAUGUCAGACAGACCUGUUGAAAUGCAGUGGUUGUCUCUUUGGUGGUACAAGAGAUGGGUUUGGGUUUUAGACUUAGCACAGGGRAGAGCUGCAUCUUCCCUUGGCAUAUUGGGUGUUUGCCUGAUGACAUCAUUACUUUUUCAACYUCCUUCACAGUUUUUGGGGGGUUCUUUUGGGACUCCUACUAUAAUACUUUCCCUUGUUUUUUCAUGACAUUCAGAAACUCUGAAGGCUUAAACUCAGACAAGACACUUUCAAGUGUAUUCCUUGUCAUAUAUAAUAAAAGUAAUGUUCAUGCUCAUGUAGAAAAAGACAAAAACAGUGCCAGCACUUCCGAGACACUUCAGGUCUUCAGGUUAGAUUGUUUUGCAACCUCAAAAAUUUCAGACAACUUGAUCAAUUGAAUUGGUGCRAGACCUUCCUGACUUACUAAAUAUUUGUUCCUUAUUGCAUGAGGGCUUGUUUGAGCUGGACCCAGAUGGCCUGGCUCCAUUUGUUGAGUGACAUUGCUGUGAAAUGUGAAAGUCCGGAGUGCAAAAUGUAUCUUGUACUGUGCUGCAUAUCUCAUGUGUUGGGUCGGYAUGGUGGGCACACCUGUUUGCUCCUAAAUUACAACACUAAGCAUGUUGUCUAAUUUGUUUGUUUCAAAAAACAUUUUUUUAACGAAUCACCAGCCUCUAUUCAACUGUCCCUUGCAAGGUGACAAGUCUUUUUUAAUCUCUGCUUAUAAUAAUUAAUUGUUUAGUAUGCGGAAAGUACUUGAAGCCAUCUGGUUUACUCCAAUUUUUUUAAUCCCCUUUUUCUUAAAAAUAAAUAAAACUAGGUUUAUAUUUAGGGUUAUGUUUCUUAAUGAUUUUUUCAUGUUUGUAUCUGUGUACCUGACAACUGGUGUUUCAUUGUCAUGAGUGGAAGGAGGUCGGUUUUCGCCUUGAGGUCUUUUUUUAAAGCAAUUCUGUGAUAUCACAGGCAUGGUUGCAUCUUAAACCUACAUMGCCUGUUUUUUCUUCAGCUAAUACCCUGCACAUUCAGGUAACCCACUGCAAGGGAAAACCUAAAAACCUUAUUUGUGGUUAAUGCAGUGGAGACCCAAAAGGCUUCUUCCAGUCUGUCCUGAGCCACGGUUGUGCUUUCAUACCAGGAGUAACCAUAGCCAGCCUACUCCAAUAGCCUUAACAUCAUCUUCAGGAAUGACUUCAGAGGAUAGGUUCUAUGUGUUGGUGACAUAAGAUACCAGCUACGCUUUUCUCAGUYGUUCAGAGAGCUUUGUGGUAUCAUCAAAUGUAUCAGGAACAUCGGUGUGAGUCUUGGUCAUGGAACAGUACAGGAUUUAUGUCUCUGUGUAAUUAAAGUUGGGCUCYGAAAAUGAAGUCAAUGCAAUCCAUUGUUGACCCUUCCAAGGGGUUUUUCUCCCAGCUGGAGCCAAACAUGUAACCACCUAUAAUGUGGUAAAAACAUCCUGCAAAAUCUGUAAUUAGCCUUCCUCUCUCAUGUGUUUGGAUCAGAGAGAAAGAAUAAUCUACUUGUCAGCUGGUAAKGUCACAUUUGCAGUGCCCAUCUCCAUGAUGCAGAGUAAGUGCUAGGUGAAAUAUCCUCUCACAGGGAAGGGUAUUGGCUUUGUGCCUGCUGUAAAUGUUUAGAUUAUGUCCAUAGUUUUCCARGUCAAUUAGAAAUGCAAGAUGGAAAAAAUGUUGAAUAAAAACUAAAAGUUUUGGGAAUAGAGAAGCUUCUUUGUUUAAAAAGUGAUUAAAGAACUGGGGGAAGAUUUUUCUGUGAAUGCUUUUUUUUUCCUCUGGUGAAAAUGCAACUUUUUACUCCAAAGGCUCUAAUAUACAGGUUUUUUGGAGACUAUUUUGUUCCUAUCCUGUCUCGUUUUUUGAAGAUCACUAAGAUGGUAUUUAGGGACAUGGCUUAGUGGUUGUUUUGGAAGUGCUGGGUUUACAAUUGGACUCAGUGACCCUUUCCCCCCUAAAUCAUUCUGUGAUUCUCUGCUGGGUAAAUCACUUUGAUUUUUUUUUUCAGUGCUGUUGGGUUCAAGGUGCUAGUACUCCAGGAAUCACAUAGCCCUCUUCCAUGGGACAUGGACUGGCACUGGGACUCAUCUCACUCAGUAGCAGGUUUGUCCCACUUCACCUUCCCUUGUAGUCCCAGCAGCUGCAGCUCUGAGCUCUGUCUGCAGGACCUACAGGUCUUGUAUAAUGGUUUGAGAUCAAGGCCAGACUUUAAGGAUGCUGCUCCCCUUUGCUCAAUCAAAUGUUUCCUCAUCAGCAUCAGGGGGUUUCUUUCUCUCUGCUCAGAACAGAGAGUGUGUGUGUGYCAUCAGGCUCAUCUGGGUAGCAGGAUGUCAGACCAAGACAUUUUUCUCUUGACUUCAAAGCUGCAAGGCCYAAAGCUGGUCUGUAAGGUGUUGUCUUGAUCAUAGGAAAUGUAGUUCCUAGUUUCAUGCAUUGCAUCAAUCGGUGUUGUUUAAAAAAGAUCUGUGUUUUUAUAACUUGAUUUUAUAUGUGCACUGUGUAAAAGGAAACACCAGGAUACUUCAAACCUACAGAAAGCCUUAGUUUUCAGAUUUCACUGAUAAUAUUAUUAGAAUGUUUUAACCAUGUACCAGUUACUCUACAGCAACAAUAAAGUCCUGAAGCGUU